AUGCCUGGUUCACUCACUAUCUAUCUAUCUAUCUAUCUAUCUAUCUAUCUGUUUGUUCAUAUCUACCUAUCUAUCUAUCUCUCUAUCUAUUUAUCUAUGUCUCUAACUAUCAAUCUAUCAACGUAUCUGUUUGUUCAUAUCUAUCUAUCUAUCUAUCUCGGGCUUUUCAUAUCUAUCUAUCGACCUGAGCCUUCUGUUCAUAUCUAUCUAUCUAUCUAUCUAUCUAUCUAUCUAUCUAUCUAUCUAUCUAUCUAUCUCAGGCUUUUCAUACCUUUUAAUAUAUCUAUCUAUCUCGCACGCUAUCUGUCUCAGUCUGUUCAUAUCUAUCUAUCUAUCUAUCUAUCUAUCUAUCUAUCUAUCUAUCUAUCUGUUUAUUCAUAUCUAUCUAUCUAUCUAUCUAUCUCGGGCUUUUCAUAUCUAUCCAUCGAUCUGAGCAUUCUGCUCAUAUCUAUCUAUCUAUCUCAAGUCUUUUCGUAUUUAUCUAUCUUUCUAUCGCAGUCCAAAUCUAUCUAUCUAUCUAUCUAUCUAUCUAUCUAUCUAUCUAUCUAUCUAUCUAUCUAUCUCAGGUUUUUCAUACCUUUUAAUCUAUCUAUCUAUCUAUCUAUCUAUCUAUCUAUCUAUCUAUCUAUCUAUCUCAGGCUUUUCAUACCUUUUAAUAUAUCUAUCUACUUAUCUAUCUAUCUAUCUAACUAUCUAAAACCUGGAAUGGAAAUCCGUAUUUAA